GUUGUGUUGCGAAUUUUCUCUUGCUUACAGUGGGGGUAGUUCGGAUUUCAUUCGAGCAGGUGAUUUGUGUAUCUUCUUCGGUUUCUGGGUUGAUCAUAUCUAGAUUGAUAGAUGGAAGCUCUGUCAUCUCUUACAUUCAAGGGUUCUAUUCCAGAAGCCAUAUUUGAGGCCAAAGGGCAGAAGAAGCUUUUCGUUGUCUACAUCUCUGGAGAUGAUGAGGAGUCAGAUAAGUUGAACAAAUUGACAUGGGCUGAGGCAUCGGUGGCAGAGUCGCUGUCCAAGUAUUGCAUUUUAUUGCAUAUCCAAGCUGCAAGUGUUGAUGCCACAAACUUCUCUGCAAUAUACCCAUAUUCAUCUGUUCCUUGUAUAGCUGCCAUUGGAUUCAGUGGUACACAAGUUUGGAAAAAUGAAGGAUUUAUUGCUGCUGAAGACCUCGCAUCCAGUUUAGAAAAGGCGUGGGUGGGACUUCAUAUCCAGGAAACAACUGCAAGUAUCCUUUCAGCAGCACUUGCAUCACAGAACUCAGAGCAACCUGAUUCUAGUGCUUCUAAUGUUGUCUUGCCUUCUGAAGGCGGUUCUUUAGAUGCAGCGGUUGCAUCUCCAUCAGCGGCCUCUAGUGUUCAACCCUCAGAGAGAAAGUCAACGGAGACAUCCGCAUCAACAAAAGAAAACAAUGAUGGCACAGCUGUAGUUAAGGGAAACAAAUCUGCUGAACCCACUAUUUCGUGUGAUAAUGACGGUAAUCAGCCAGCAUCUUCUGUUGAAGACACUAAGGGCACUGUUGAACGUGGAGAGACUUCUUCACAUGUUCAGGCAGAAAAGGAACCAAUUCGUCCUGCAGCUUCAAGACCAAAUGAUAAUACAUCCAGCGUUCGAUCUUCUACCGAUAGAAAAAGGAAACAGGAAAGUGGUUCAGGUGUUAUUGGAAGGGACACUAAUUUAGCAAAAUCUGUUGGUACAAAAGAGGCCAUAAAGCCAAAGGAUGAAGGAGGAGAGGAAGAUGACGGAGAAAGUUACAAAAAAUCAUCUGAUGUUCAUUUAAACAUUCGGCUGCCUGAUGGUAGUAGCCUUCAGGAGAAGUUUUCUGUGACAAGUAUAUUGAGGAUGGUCAAGGACUAUGUGAACAGUAACCAAACAAUCGGACUUGGUGCUUAUGAUCUUGCGAUCCCUUAUCCCCGUAAGGUGUAUAGUGACCAAGAUCUUGAGAAGUCUCUAUCCGAGUUGGGUUUGUUCGGUAGACAAGCACUUGUAGUGGUUCCGCGUAGAAGAGCAACCGUUUAUCAAAGAGGGCCAUCUUACUCGGAGUCUAACAACAACACAGACCCUGAAAACCUUAACAAUGGUGGUUACUUUGCUUAUGUUAGAAGACUGAUGUCUUAUGCAAACCCAUUUUCAUAUUUUGGCGGCGGUAAUGCAAAUGCAUCAAACUCUGGUCCAGAACCUCGAAGGAGUAUGGGGGAGUACGUACCAGUUGCGUCGAAUACGGAGCUGAGGAACAAUCCAGCGCAAAUGGGCUCCACGUUUCAUGAUCCAUCAGAAGGUAGGGGCAACGUUAGGAACAGGAGACCAACCACAUCUAGGACUGGAAGUAACAUUCAUACGCUGAAACACGAUGAAGAAGACGCUCCGUUUGGUGAUGGAAAUGCCUUUUGGAACGGAAACUCCACACAGUAUGGCGGUGGAAGCGGCGGAGACAGUAAUGAUAGGCGAUGAAAAUGAGAGAAGCUAAAAUCUGUUUGAAAGUAGUAGCAGAAACAUUACAUGUUUUUCUAUCAAUUGUUUCCUUAUCUUUUGCUCGUAUACAAUUUAAAACCUAAAAGCUGAAUAAUCUAAGAUAAUUAAAAGUGUUAUAACACAUAUCA